GCUGAACCACUCGUGGUGGGAGAGCUUGGCGAAGGCGGCCAUGUUGCUUGGUUCGGCAGACAUGCGCAGCUUGCCGUGGUCGAGAUCGCGCAGCACGGCCUGCGCUUUGGUUCGGAUGUGUUGCUUCGAUGGCUCCAGACCGCCUGGAGAAGACCAGCUGUUCAGGUCGGCGCGGGUUAGGUUGAGGAUCUCGCAUUCUUGGCCGCGCUGGCCUAGCUCUUGAAGCGCCGAGAACAGCGAUUCAGUGGCAUUGUCGCCUAGGCCGAGGAAUAUGAUGGUUUCCUUCGUAAGGCGGUAGAUGUCGUGCAUCUGCUCGACUUGGAUGUUCUUCUCGGGCGUGUCUUGCUGGUUGAUGCAGACCGCGUCCACCCAGACAGGCAGGGCGACGGCGGCACAAGCCUGGAGACAUUUCAGGGCGUCGCGCAGGUUCUUGCCCGCGGUGAAGUCGAGGUCAUUAAUACGUAUGUCGCGCUCUUGGCUCGGGUCGUACUUCCCCCAGACGUACGACAACGUCAGGUACUGGCCGGCUAUCGUGUCAAGGGUGGCUGAUUCAAGCAGUCGGAUGCCCCGGUCGCUCUCACUACCAGCGGUGCCUUGGAGUUGCAGGAGCCGGAUCUGGCCCUUGACAAGUCGCUUCUGGUAGAUUGAGUUCUUGGCCGGCGACAUGAUGCGGGCAUGCCUUGUGCUUGCAGUACCAAAGGGUGAGUUCACUGCCGUGGGCGGCAC